CCCGCCCGCCGCCCCAGCUGCGGACUCCGUGACCAGCUGUCGGGUGACCCAGUGGAGUCGCAGACGUGCAGCGACCUCUGGCUGUCCCUGGAGUCGGGGCGGCUCCCAAGACGGGCACAGGCGGGCGCAGCUAGGCAAGCUCCAGGGCGCGGGAGACCUGCAGCAGCCGCCCCAGUGCAGCCCUGCACCGGACGCUCCGCUGCGAAUGCCAGGUCUGCACUGCCGACUACCUCUGCCCACCCCGGCUGCGCUGGACGACUGGCCUCCCUGGACAGCUGGCCUCCCGCGGGGCAGGAGUCUUGGAGAGCCUGGCAGAUGCACACUGGUGUUGGGGCAGCGGUCCUGGGGCGCAUGGUGGACUCUGGUGCUUUCUGGCCUGGCACCCCCAGAGUGGGGCUAAUAAACACCUGUUUUGUUCUCUUACCUGAGUCCCAACGCAAUUGGGAAACCAAGUGUUAGAAGCUGAGUCACCUUCGUGCCCCAGCCGACGCUGGAGGGCGUGCCUUGGGGCGCCCUGGGCAGGUGCUCCAACCCGGCCCAGGCAGUUCCCCGGGGCAGUUCCCUGGGGCCGUGUCCCUGCACCUUGGUGGAGGAGCGGAGUGGGGACUCGGCCAGUGGGGCCUGGCUCCCAAACCACGGGGCAGGUCUCUGGAAGGAAGCACCUGGGCUGCCACCUCACCCGCUCGGAAGGGAGGGGCCGGGGAGCGGCGGAGUUGAAACCGGGUACCCAGCACCCUCAGCACCGGCUUCUGGGUCAACCUGGAGACACCAACAGGGCCUUGCCGUGCCCUCACCCAAUCCCUGCGCGGCCUGGCUCAGCGGUCACACACAAGGAUGGUGGCUGAGCAAGCGACCGGCCGCGGGGACCUGUGAGGGAGCUGGAGGCCAGCCAGCCCCAGAGCCCGCCGGGAGCACGUCCACUCCAAGCCCAGUGGAGGGCCAGGCUCCUGGUCGGUUCCCUGCCCCAGGACCUCCAGCCCUGGUUCCCCCACAGGGUCUUCACGGCCCCGGAAGGCUGCACCAGCCCCAGCCCUUGUGUCUUCAUCCCAGCGCACAGGAAAGAAGGGAGGAGCAGUUCUCCCACCACCUCUGCUUACCCUGUGACCAGGACCGGGCUCACACCCCGCCCCUUGGAGCCCCAGCAGGGCUGCCCUUGAUCUCCGCGGGAGCCUUCCUGGGGGGGGGGCAUGUGCCCCCCUAAAAUAAGGGGGGUGGAUGAGGGAGACCUCAUGUGGUAGGACAGGGAGCAGGCUCUGCCUCAGGCCCUGGAGAGCCGGCCUGCCAAAGCAGCAACCCCAGGGGUGGGCUGGGUUCUGAAGGGGGCAGUGAUCUUGGAGUCCGAGACAGACUCACCAGGAUGGGGGGAGAGUCUGAGAGGCCCAACUGGACGCCAGUGCUGUGACCGUGGGUGUGGGCCGAGGGCAGGGGUGACCCCAGGACCUCCGAGCACGGCCUGCUUGGAGACAGCGCCUUGCGAGAGUGAGCGCUGGAGGUGCUGAGCCGGCCAGGCCAGUGUGCUUAUAGGGGGACCUGGACCAGGGCAUGGAGGGGUGAGCAGGGCACAGGGGGCCGAGGAGGUCUCCUGCACACCUGGGCCCUGAGGGCCAGCCUCCAGGGCUCAGGGGCAGCUUCCCUGGUCUCCGCCUGGCGCAGGGGUGGGUGUGGCUGGUGUGUGCCCUGAGUCUGAGACUGGCUGGUGCUGGGGACCCGCGGCUCCAGGAAGCCCAGGGUGCGGCGAGGAGGUGGGCCCCUCCCCUCCUGGAGUGAGUGGCCUCUAAAGCAAGACCUGGGAGUUCCCAGAAGGUGGAGGGGGCAGAGCAGGCUGGGCUCCCGGCCAAGGUCGGGGAGAGAGGGCCAGGGCUGGGUCCCACCCACCGGGUCAUGCAGGCAUGGGCUUGAGCUCGGGGGCGGGGGCGUUGGAUGAAGACCCGGCGGCAGUCGGGGCAUGGGAGUUUGUAGGAAACUCAGUGAGGAGAGAUGGAGGGUGCAGAGGCACUGUCGGGGUGCAGCACCAAGCCACACCCAUCACCUCUAUGGAAGAAAGGCAGCUUGCCCCGGCUGCUUCCCAGCGGCCCCCCUGAGGCAGCGGGGGUGGGGGGCAUCUGGAACUCCGGGCUCCUGGCGUCGAGAACCCUCCCUGUCUCCAAGGGCCGAGGUUCCGGGCACAAUGUGCAAGGCAGUUGUCCUGAGCCGAAGGACUCGGGAGGGGUGCCGGACAAUGCACAGGGAGGAGGACACGGAGGAGCAGAUCCAGGAGCUGAAGACCAUCACUCGGCUGCAGGAGCAAUGCCGGGCGCUCCAGGUCCAGGCCAUAAAGGAGAAGGCCGUCAAGAACAAGGCCACGCUGGCCCUCCUCAACAGCAACAUCCGCCGCGCGGCCCAAGACUGGGCCUCGACCAGGAAGUCCGACCAGCGGAUCAUCGCCAGGGCCUGCGGGAAGGACCUGUCCACGCGGCUGGCGCACUGCCCCCACACCAUGGAGGUGGCGCGGGACAAGCUGCGCAAGUACGUGCACGACCGCGAGAGGGCGCACAACGCGCUGAGCCACCUGGUGCGGCGGCGCGGGCAGAGGCUGGACAGCCUGCGCCGGGAGCUCGCCCGCCUGCAGGGCCAGCCGGGCGCCACGCGCGAGGAGCGGCGGCAGCUGCAGGUCAUCCGCCAGCUGGAGAACAACAUCGAAAAGACGGUGGUCAAGAUCAACUCGAGCCGGCACAUCCACCUGCUGUACGCGCACCUGCUGGAUUACCUGAAGAAAGAGCUGGUCGGGUACUCCACACAGCUGGACAAGCUACAGACCCUGGUGGUCAGCUACUGCUCAGAGCUUUCGGACAUGACCGUCAUGUCCCAUGAUGCCAUGAUGAUCACGGAUGAGGUCAAGCGGAACAUGCGGCAAGGCGAGGCCACCUUCAUCCAGGAGCGCCGGGCGCGGGAGAACCGGCUCAACCAACAGAAGAAGCUGAUCGACAAGGUCUACAGCAAGGCGGCCAGCGAGAAGUACCGCCGGGGCCAGCAGGACCUGGACUUCCCCACCAGCCUGAUGGGCCUGGAGAUGGCGAAAGUGAUGAAAACACGGGCCUCCAAGGCUGAAAUCCAGUACCAGAAGGACGUGGCGGCUCCGGUGGAGAAAGUCAAGGCCGCCGUGCGCUGCUCCCACCUUUGGGACAUCGCCGGCCGCUUCCUGGCGCAGAGGCACACGGAGGAGAACCUGGACCUGCAGAUGGAGGACUGCGAGGCGCGGCGGGCGCGGCUGCAGGCCCUGAUGCAGAAGCUGGAGCUCGAGGAGGCCGUGCUGAGGUUCCAGCAGACGCCCACCUCCACCAGCUUUGAGUCGCUGGAGAGGAGAAUGCAGGACAUGCUGAGAGAAGAGGAGCAGCGGCUGCAGCUGGCCCUCGUCAACACGAGCAGAGGCCAGCAGCUGCUGCUGACUGUCCAGACGGGUAUUGACAACCUCUACGUCCGCCUCAUCGGCGUCACCAUGCCCGGCACCCAGGCGCCUACAGCCCCCGGCGCCCUGGACAUGUACAGCAAGCUGGCCUUCUGCGAGGGCAGGCUUGUGCAGCUGGCCAACAGCGUGCAGGCGCUCGCCGGGACCCAGGAGGUCCACGCCAAGGUGAGGGACGCCCUGGAGUCCUCGACUCUGAGGGAGCAGCAGAACACCAAGAUCAGCUUCGAGGACCUGGAGGACGACAUGAUAGAGACCUUCCACUUCGCCGACAUGGACCACAGCUACGUGCCCACGCGGGCCGAGAUCAAGAAGAAGGCGCAGCAGCUGGUGGACGACAAGCUCAAGGUGACCAAGAAGAAGAGGAAGUGACCUCCCGGCCCGCCCCGCUGUUACACAAAUAAACAUUUUUCUUGGACGGCUGGGCCCGGGACGCAGAGGCGGGGUCUGGCGGGGGAGGCGCGGUGUUCGCCGUGGAC